AUGCUGAGCUCUAUCAAGUGUGUGUUGGUAGGGGACAGGGCUGUGGGAAAAAGCUCACUGUUGCUGCACUUCACCUCCGAGAACUUCCCAGAGGCCUACAAACCCACUGUGUAUGAGAAUACGGGUGUAGACGUCUUCCUGGAUGGCAUCCAGAUCAGCCUGGGUCUCUGGGACACUGCCAGCAUUGAUGCCUUCAUAAGCAUCUGCCUCCUGUCCUACCAGCAGGCAGAUGUGGUACUGAUGUGCUACUCUGUGGCCAAGGAUAGCUCAUUCCUGAACUUGAAGAACAAAUGGAUUAGUGAGAUCAAGAGCAACCUACCCUGUACCCUGGUGCUGGUUGUGGCCACACAGAUGGACCAAAGAGAGAUGGGACCUCAUAGGGCUUCCUGCAUCAAUGCCAUAGAAGGGAAGAGACAUGCUCAGGAUGUGAGAGCCAAGGGCUACCUGGAGUGCUCAGCCCUUAGCAACGGGGGAGUACAGCAGGUAUUUGAAUGUGCUGUCCAAAGAGCUGUCAACCAGGCCAGGACAAGAAACAGAAAGAAGCUGUUUUCCGUCAAUGAAUGCAAGACCUUCUAA